AUGUCUCCUCUUCUGUUUGUCCUGGCAAUGGAAUAUUUGUCCAGGUUAUUGAGGAAAGUGGGUAAGCUUAGGCAGUUUAGAGUUCAUUCAAGAUGCAAGAGGAUUGGUCAAAAUCAUCUGAUAUUUGCUGAUGACUUGAUGUUAUUUUGUUAUGGUGACUCACAGUCCAUUUCUUUGAUUCAUAGGGCUUUAAAAACCUUUGGUAAUUGUUCAGGGUUGCAAGCUAACAAGGCAAAAACUGCAAUCUACUUUGGCAAUACUUCUAUAAGUUUUAGAGAGCAAACCUUAAGGCACACUGGUUUCAGUGAGGGUUCUUUCCCUUUCAGGUAUUUAGGUAUUCCCUUAAAUGCCAAAUACUUGAGAUUUGCUGAUUAUGAUGGUUUGGUCGAUAAAAUGCUUUCCAGAAUUACAUGUUGGGCAAGCAGAAAUUUGUCUUAUGCUGCUAGAGUUGUCUUGAUUAAGUCUGUGCUAAUGAGCUUGCACGUAUACUGGGCUCAGUGUCUCCUUCUGCCAGCUUCUGUUUUGGAUAGAAUAACUCAGAUUUGUAGAGCUUUUCUAUGGGAUGGAAGUGCUAAUUUGUCUAGAAGUCCUCCCAUAUCCUGGGAUUGGGUGUGCAAACCCAAAGCAACUGGUGGAUUGGGGAUCAGAAACUGUAAGUUGUGGAACAAAGCUGCUCUGGGGAAAUAUGUUUGGAAAAUUGUUAACAAAGAAGACUCUUUGUGGGUCAGAUGGGUGCAUUCAAUUUACUUAAAAGAUCAAGAAUGGUGGGAUUAUAAACCAAAGAGUAGUGCUGGUUGGGAAUGGAAGAAACUUUGCAAAGUUAAAGAUGAUCUUCAUUCGGGAUUCUUGGAGAAAGCUUGGGCUCAGCAUAAAUACAAGAUUUCUGAAGUCUAUGAUUGGUUGCAAGGAAAUAAUCUGAGAGUUGUUUGGCAUACUUGGAUCUGGAAUAAUUUUAAUUCCCCCAAGCAUGCCUUCAUUUCCUGGCUUGCAAUGCAUAAUAGGCUUAAAACCAGAGAUAGGCUUGAGAGAUUUGAUUUUUGUGAAGACAGCAACUGUUUACUGUGUGGAAAUGCUACUGAAACCAGAAGUCAUCUCUUCUUUGAGUGUCCUUACAGUAGAAGAAGCAUUGAUAUGAUUGCAGUUUGGCUGGGAAUCAAGAAUAGCUGUUAUAAUAUAGACGUGGCCUGGUUGCAUUGGAGAAAGCAAUUUAAAGACCCCAUCUGUAGAAAAGUGGGAACAGCAGGCUUGGCUUCUGUUAUUUACCAUUUGUGGUUUGCUAGAAAUCAUGCUUAUUGGUUCAAAGCUGUAAUUCAUCCUAGGAUCUUAUGUAGAGGAAUCUGUAUAGAAACAGUGGAUAGGAGUAGGCAACUCAUUACAGGGAGUUGGACUAGAAAACAAUGUAAAUGGUUAUAUAGCCUUAAAGGUUGUAUUCUUUGA